AUGCGGAAGCAAGGAAUGCUCAGCUGUCAAGAGAUCUUGAGACGGCUCGAGCUGACGCGGAAGAGACUCGAGCGAGACUCCUGCAGCAGCGAGAGGAAGAUCGAGGGAGACCAAUUGCUUUGCGACAACCUGAGGUUUCCAAUGAUCCACUACGCUAUGGAGAAUUCCCAAGUCCCGGUGGGUCACUGGGUGAUCCGCAACCACUACCUGGAGGUGCUGCUGAUCCAUCAGGCUAUAGAGGGCAAUUGGGGGCUCCGCGACCACUACGUGAAGGUGAUACUGUUCCGUUGGGUCUCGGUGUACAAAGUAGAGUUCAAGCAAGUGCUCUACAGCACAGCAGCAACAACCGAGGACCACGGCGGCUCCAUCGGCGACGCCCUUGACGGAGCAGGAACCGCGACCUUGGCAGAGCUUCCGGAUGUCAGUGGAGGAUCUCAGUCAGCGCUUCUGUUUCAGGACUGGAUUGAAGUGGCGUCUUCUGUGAUGGGGGAUGUUUCGGAGCAGUCAGGUGCCUGGUGGAGGUCGGUGAUGCUUCUUGUGGAGAGUGCCUAUGUGAGAUGGUUGAAUGCUACACCGUUGGAGCGUUUGUCAAUAGGCCCAGAGGGAACUGAAGAUCUUGUUGGUUCUCGGUGGGCGCGGCUCAAUGCUCGCGUAACCUCAAUGUUGCUGGCAGCGAUGAGUGCGGAACUGAAGGCGGAUAUGCUGUCGCAGCGGAUCAGCCAGAAUGCUCCCAAGAUGGUUUUCCGGUUGUUUACAUGGUAUCAACCUGGGGGUCAGCUGAAAGGACGCCUUGAAGGAGAUCCGUGGAUGGCCAAGAUGGCUAGCGAGAUGUUCCAAUAUGGGGAUGGUCCCACCGGACUCGGCUUUCAGGACGGCAAUGUUGAGAACCACACUUCGGUUGGAUGGUCAGCCGUCACUGGAACAGGUGCGCUCCUACCAGCGAAGUGCCUGAGGUGCGGGAGUGAAGCUCAUCGUGCUAAGGACUGCAAUGUGGGGAAGAGUGCUCCAAAAGGAAGCCCAACGACACCAGCCGCACGGCAAGGAGAGCCAGUAGGCGGAAGGGAACCAGGCGUUUCUUCGGUGAGCACAGCGUCUUCUACCAUGAACGGCGGAGAUGUCCCAAUACAGGGAGUUCCAUGGACCAUGGAGAGCUUGAUGCAAGCGGCCCAGCAGGUGAUCCAGAACCACGUGGUGCCAGCGUCGGGGGAUUCGUCUCCUGAGAAGACCAAGCCUCAGCUCCGAGUUCUUUCUAUCCGGGACAUCAGAGUUUCGUCGGUGAACGACUCAACCUCAACCUUGCUGGACUCAGGAGCAACUCACUGCUUGCGAAGUGCUGUGGACAAUCGGGAGUGGGAGGAGGCGGAAGAGGUCCUGGUGAGGCUUGCAGCAGACAGGACACUGGGCUACACCCUGACUUGGUCACCUCAGGGAUGCAAGUUGCGUGAUGAGUCGGGUGUGGAGCGGAACCUGAAGGUCUCUGGAGGUUGUCCCCUACUACAAGAAGCGGAGGCUUUGGCGAUGAUCUCAAGGCUCGAGGACAAGAAGCGAGAGCUACUAGAAAACCAAGCGGUGGCUACUAUGGACAUGGUCUCGCUAGCAGCCGUGAAGAUGGAGAUGUCGUGGAGGAAUCACUUGGAGGAUUACAUCACCAAGGGCUCCCUGGAGGCCGGGCUACGGGCAUUGAGAGACACUCCGUUCCUACAGGAUGUUCCGGGCGAGUGUGUUGAUGGAUUGGUUCAGCCGGGACUUCACCAAAAGGGAUGGAAGGUGAUGAAGGACGUUGACUUUCUCACGAGGCCACAGAAAAGAUACCUUUGGGGAGCGCGCAAGUGGAUUGUACAUCUAUGUGCGGGGAAUCCAGGUCACUAUGAGUUCUUCCGGCUUGAUGAUGGCCACACAGCAGUGUUGGAGGUGGACUUGGACCGAUGCCGAGGUCAAGAUGUGAUGAGAACUUCUACGUGGAAACUCCUCCUUUGGGGCGCGGUCACGGGGAGAAUAGACUCCAUCGUGGGAGGACCACCAGGUCGAGGCGCCUACCUCAACCACGUGAACAAGCACGAGGCCAAGGACUUGAAGAGUUUGUCCGUGAUCACGAGGAUGUUGUGGCUGUAUACGGUGGCCACGACUGCUCGGGAGGCGUGUUAG